AUGGACACACAAACUAUUCAACCUUCAGAGUCUGUAGAGAUGACUAUUGAGGAGAGGAUUAGAAAGCAAGUAGAGUACUACUUGUCCCGCGACAACCUUUCAAACGACAAAUUCCUGCUGGCACAGAUGUCACCGGAAAUGUAUAUCCCAAUCAGCGUGAUUGCAGGCUUCAAUAAAAUCAAGAGCCUCACAACAGAUAUUGAGCUAAUCAUUAAAUCAAUAUCGAAUAGCAGCGCACUGAUCCUGGACGAUGAGAAGAAGCUUGUUCGACCAGCAGUUCAGAUGAAGAACCCAAGGAACGUCCUAAUACUGAGGGACAUUCCACUGGCCACCACCGAGGAGGAGAUCAGAGCCAUAUUCAACUCUGCCACACAAUCGAUCACCAACGUCAGAUACGACCAAGUUGGCAAGAUGUGGUUCAUCACCUUUGACACUGAGGAGAAUGCCCUGGUGGCCCACGAUAUCACUCAGAACAACACCUUCAAGAACGAGCCGAUCAAGGCGCGCAUCAAGUCCGAGACAUUCGUCAGGUCUGAAUCCGCCCAGACCAAGGUGUUCCCAGCAGCAGCAGAGCUCAAUGGCGUACCAAACGGUGUGGUCAGCAGAACUCAGUACUACUCUGUGCCACCAAUCAACCACAACCUCAACCAAAAGUGGACCAGACCUGUUGGCGGAUAUCCAUAUGGCGGAUGGGACCAGGGUGUGAUGGGCGAGCCGCGACCUUACGAUCCAACAAAGUCUGGUGAGCACCGAAAGCCCUACCGUGGACCAAAGGAUCAAACAUCGCGACCACCAAGACGUGAUCACUACAACACAUCAACACAUCAUCAUCACCAUCAACAACAACAAUCGAUCAACAACAAUAUUAUACCUUUAGCCAAUGGAAAUAGAGCUGUUAUUAGCAACAACAGCAACAACAGUAAUAGUAAUGAGCAGCAACCUCAAAGCAACUCAACCCACUCACCUCCAAUUUCACAAUCCCCUCCAUCAACAUCGACGUCAACAACCUCGCCACCACACUACAGUAGCAGCGCCAGCGGCUACUCUACCACUGGAGAGCGUCCAUAUCCACCAAGAAGAACGCAUCACACGAAGCCAAUCACUCACACGAAUGGAAAGUCCACCACCACCUCGCCACACCACUCAAACGUUGCACCAGCUUCGUUGACAAAUGGUGCAGCUGUCACUGCUACACCAACAUCACCCACUUCACCUACGGCUCAGUCACAAGAGUCCACCACCACAACUACGACGAGAUCCAAGCCACACCGCGAAUCCAAAUCAAGAAACAAGCCCAACAACUCUGCCGCUGCGACUGGAGGCAAGUCGAGUGGUACUGCUGCAGAGGAAACCUCCAAGCAAGAGGCCGAGCGCGAGAAGCAAAAGGUCCCUCCUGGACCACAACAUUUCCCACCCCUCGUCAAGGGAGAUGAGCAAUUGGAGAUGAAGAAGAGACAGUGGGGUCCAGCCGCUACCUCGUCACCAGUGGUGGCCGCAGCAAGCCAACCACCUGCACCAGUUGUCCAACAACCAGCGUCCCCAGCCUCUCCAUCCACCGCAUCUCCCAAUCCUCAGCAAUCCCAGCAAACCUCCCCAGCCACUGGUAAAUCAUCGAACAAGAAGCCAGUGUCAACGGGACAGACACAACCGCAGCAGUCCUCUAAGAAACCAUCCAAUAAGGAGAGCAAGGAUAAACCAAAAUCAGACAAGCCCAAGGAUUCCCAACCAAAAGAGGAUAAGAAGGCAACAACAGGCACCACAGCCACUUCUGCGACUGAGAAAAAGCAACCAACGCUUGCUGAUAUUAUCCAAGGCCUUGCGCCACCCGUUGCUUCUCCAACGACAUCUGCCACCUCCUCUGUCUCCACGCCUACCGUCACCUCCAACACAAUACCAACAACUGUGAACCAAUCGCAACAAUAA